AGGGUUCGUGCCUGCCUCUUGCAGGAACCUAAACAACACGCUCCUUCAGUCAAGUUAUUUGUAUCUGCUUUGUGUUGGUCUUUGGACGCGCGCAUAUCAGUCGCAAUGGAUAGGCAAGAGUAUCCGACUAUGGUGGCCACACUUGAGCCUGGCCAGGCUAUCAGUGUCCUCAACGAUCGCGUCCGUCAAGUUGGCCGUCUCAAUUCCGACAUCGCCGAUUGGCUUCAAGAACGAAGGAGGCUCGAGGAACAAUACUCUGCCGGUUUGCGCAAGCUUGCAAGGCGAUCUCCGCCUGGUGACUCGGCCCAAGACCUUGGCAUCUUCUCGGUACCAUGGACCACCCUCACCUCGGCUCUCGACACAUUGGCCGAAUCGCAUCAGGUUCUGGCCCAAAGAAUUGAAGUCGAUGUCGAGCGACCACUACGCGAUUUCGGCUCGAGCAACCGGGAAAUGCAGGCCAUGUCCACCAUCCAAGGCAACCUCACCUCCAUGGCCCGCGAUGUCGAGAAUGCUCAAAACAAGUCGGAUCGUUUGAAUCGCAAGGGUUCAACCGCCGCCUCUCGUGCGGACACUGAGCUCGAAGGCGCUCAAUCGCAGUGGUCUGCACAGGCGCCCUACGUCUUCGAAUCUCUACAAGCUCUCGACGAGAGCAGACUGAACCAUCUGCGAGACGUCCUCACUCAAUUCCAAACGCACGAGAUCGACGCCAUCGAGAAGACCAGAGUGUCUGCAGAGUCCGUUUUGAACAUCCUGUUGAACGUCGAGACGGCCGAUGAGAUCAAGACAUAUGCUCUUCGUGUUGCUAGCGGUGACAUGGUGCCGAAGGAGAAGCCCAGAAGCCGCCAGUCCAUGUUUGUUGCCCCGUCUCUGGCUCCUACACCGGCUUCUACUGAUCACCACGACGAUGGCGCAAGUAUGCGCUCUGGCACUGCUUCGACAAGCUAUGCUUCAGAACCUGCCAAAAAGCAGUCUUUCAAGGGCUUGAAGAGACUGGGCACUGUUCUUGGCCGAAAGAAUCGCGACAGCAAGAUCAUCCCCAGCAGAGACUCGGAGUCUCCUGAGCGCAAGCCAUCCAGACCCUCGGCCUUCAACUCUUUGUCCAGUAGAUUUGGACGUAGCAACGACUUGCCCACUCCGCUUGAAGAGCGUGAGGAGUCUCCCAGCCGCCCUCGCUCUCCGCUCCGCACCAUGACUAGCAACACCAAUUCAUCGUACCGUGGCACUACAAACGGUGAUAAGGAACUGCCGCCUAUUGAUGGUUCCGCUCAGUCUCUGGCUGCUGCUGGUCUCGCUCCCGAGUCGUCCUACUCUCCUUACCAGCAGAACACUGCGUCACAGCUGCAGGAGCCUUUGCAACCAUCGCAGGCUUCAUUGCCCCUCCAGUCUUCUCCCCAGCCACCCGUCUCCGAUUUCUCGCAGCCCAUGCGACCCAUGCAGCCAAUGCAGCCUACGCAGCCUGUGCGCGACAACGAAGGCUUCUCUGAGCCGCCACCCGCUGCCGAUCUCAUCUCGCAGGCCGAGCAAGAAGCUGCUGAGGCGAACGAGGCCAACCAGCCUCAGUUCAAAUUGGACAUUCGCAACGCUCCCAUCGCCGAGGAAGGCGGUGAUGCUGCUCUUACCAGUGUCGCUAACACUCUUAAGAUGCAAGCACCUCCUCCCACUUCGCGUAGAGCAGGUACUGUUCGUGGCCGUCGUGACAUGCGUGCUAGUGUAUAUGGCCAGUCACCGGUCACCACCCCGGAUGUUACUACCGAAGAGGAGCCCGCUCGCACCAUUUCGCCGCCUCCACAGGUCUUCCAAGAGACGACAAGAGCACCUCUCGAGAUCUCAACAUCGUCUCUGCCAUCUGCCCAAAGCCCCUCCUCUCCGAUGUUUGCCUCGGGCUCAUCCGCAUUCUCGCCCUUCCAUGGCUCUGCCCAAGCCACUGCAGCUAGUAUUUUUGCACGCCCGGCCUCUCGUGUUGGCGAAAGUGAUUACGAUGCUGGCUCUAUUCGUUCCGGUCGUUCUCUCAGCAGCUCGCAGAGUCAGAGUAACAAGCAUCCUGACUUGCACGAGCCUGGUCUUAACAGCUCCAUCAUCGAGACUGUAAGUGCUUGGUUCGAGCAUGGCCAACUUACCCGCAGUGUCACCAUUGGUGAAAUUGCUCUUGCCUACAACCCUACCAAUUUCAACUCUCCCUUCGGCAGCGAGAGUAUCCGCGUCGACGGCUUCUCGAGCUUGGAGAAGGUUGCUCCCAACCCUGCCUUCCUUACCGCUGCUAGCCAAAACCCAGGCGAGUAUUCAGUCAACCUCUCCGGAAUCUCCAAGACAGCUGUGGCAUUCAAGUACCAAGUCUCUUCCCCUGGCACCAGCGCUGCUCCUCUCCUCCUCACACCCGCUUGGAAGAUUGAGCCCACGCAGACUUCCGCCAUUCUCAGCUAUAGUCUCAACCCAGCUUUCACUCUGCCUGCUGGACAAACAAGCGUCACCCUGCAGAACGUAGUCUGGAUGCUCUACCUCGAUCCUUCUGGUUCUAGACCUUCGACCUGCCUCUCCAAGCCUGUCGGAAACUUUGAUAAGGCCAAGAAUCUGAUCUACUGGCAAUUGGGCUCCAUCACUCUUUCCUCCACUCCCGGCAAACUUCUCGCUCGCUUCCAAACCCCUGACGGCGAGGCAAAGGCUGGACACGUAGAGGCCAAAUGGGAAGUCGUCGGUGCUGGUCUUGGAUCACACUUGAGCGUUUCCGUCAAGGAAGAAAACAAAGAGGCCGAUCCAUUCGCCGAUGAAAGUGCCGGUGGAAGUGAUGCGGGUUGGAAGAGGACUAAUGAGGUCAGGAGGGUUGUCGCUGGUACUUAUCAUGCCAAGUAAAGGAUUUUCCCUUGACAAAAAGAGGAGGAAAGAAUUCGGUAAUUGUAAUCUCCUGAGUCCCCCAGAUUUGUUUUGUUGUGUUUCUCGUUUCUUGUUCUUUCUGUACAGUCGUUUGUUUUGUUCUUUGUUCUGUAUAUUCCCCAAUUGAAUUCGUUUCUUUUUUUUGUACAUCAAUCGAUUUUCUCGCUUCUACAUCCAUUACCCGCCCUCUUCCGAUCAUGUUCGCCUUUGAGAACAGAGGCUGUAAAAUGCAUAAAAAUUCUUCAAAAUGAAACGAUGGU